AUGGAACAGGAUUGCAGAUGCAACCUGGCAUGCUUGCAAAAGUUCGCCUCUGACCCAGACGUUUGCGAGAAGGUCAUGGCCUUCAAGAAGAAGCUGUCUGACAUGACCACUCAGGAGCGUGAUCGGUUUCUCUACACCAUGCUCUGGGACAUGCACAAGACAAAGGAUGGAAAGUUUGCACGACUGACUUCCUGGCAGUUUGUGGGAGUCCGUGUCUGCCAAGCAGCUUUCCUGGCCUUCCUAGGCGUCUCCAAGACUCACUAUGCCAGGAGGGUGGAAUCCAUCUUGGAAGGUUCCAUUGAGGCCCCAAUGGAUGGUCGUUCCAUUCGCACAAUCAGGGACCGGCCAGCUAUGAUGAAUGCAGACGCCUUCUUCAAUUUCUUGUAUUUGCACGUGGCCGAGCCACUUGCUGAAGGCUGGGGGCAUGAGACAGAGUGGGAUGCUCUUGAGGCUGAUGACCUCGAGGGUGGGACCUUCGAUGUGAUCCCAAAAGAAUUGCUCGAAAAGGGUGAGGCUGUGAACCCAUUCGAUGAAUGGGUGUUGGGUAAAGGUGACAGCGCCAAGCCUGCGAACCCUGACAUUGCUUCAGCGGUGCCUGCUGCGGCCAGAGAUCAAAGAUGGCUGAACCACUGUCAGAUUUCUGACCUGUACGCCCAGUAUGAGCUGUGGGUGUCAGGUGCUGGUGGGCAGCCUUGUUCUUUGUCGGUAUUCCAAAAAGCUUGGAAAAAGACCUGGUGCGGCAUUCUGCGCAUACGCCGAAUGAGCCAACAUAGCCGUUGUGAAGAUUGCUCCAAGUAUUGUGAAUUCCGCAAGGCAGCGACCGCUGCCACACGACCUGCGAUUGAAGAAGCCUAUAGCAAGCACUUGAAGGUCGUCUUCAUGGACAGAGAGAUUUCUGCCAGAUUGGCCCUGCACAGCGAAUUGAGCACUUCGAAUGAUGUCAGCAUUGCCCCGUCCAUGGCCACGUUGUAUUGCAGCAUUGACGGCAUGGACCAGGACUUUGCCCAGCAGAUCCAGGAGAACCUCAAGCCACAGCAGAACCGGGUUGUGAGGGUGGAGGUGCUGCACGGCUCCUACAACUUCCAAGCAUGGCAUGCUCCACUGAGGCUGAACUUGGCAGGAUUGACAAUUACCGAGCACGACAAAGAAGUUAAUCAUUCCUUCCGAAUCAUUCAAAGAAGAGAUCUUGAACGAUAUGGGACUGACUGGGAGAUUGCUCAAGAUGUGUGUGAAGGAACAGCAAGUGAACAGAGCCGAGAUGCUAUCCUGUUGGUGAAGCACCAAAUGUCCAGCAAGGAGUUGUCGCAGUUGCCUGUCUUGCUCUUGCCAGCAGCGCGAGUCUCAUUGCUUAGCCACCCUGCGCCAAAUGAGCUGAUGGACAGAAACCCGAUAAGUGUUCAGACCGCCAAGAAGUACCAGCGCACAGCUGAAGCUGUGGCAGCCCCGCCAUGGAACCUGACACGGGCUCGGGACUAUCUGAUGGACUUGUGCCGGCGCAACCGGGCUGGACUGCAGGUUGGUGGGUGGCUGGAGCCAUUGCACUUCUUGGAAUCAGCGCCUACCAGGCUGGCCACUCAAGAGAGCAGCAUUGCUGUGGGCGAGGUUCCAGGUGACAAGGAGUGGCAUGACUUUGCGCCUUUGGGCCCCAAGUUUGUGAAGGUGAGACUGGAGCCUGUCACCUCGGCCCAUGAUCGUGCUUCCAGCUCUUUGGUACCCAUGGCUCUCCUGGAUGACGAUGCGUCGGAUGCAGAGCCAAAUCUGGGAAACCCUGGACAGAAUCGCUCAGAGCCGGUGGAGUCAGGCGUGAACAUGAAGAAGCCAAAGACCAAGCCCAUGAAGCCAGAGAUCCAACAGAAGUCGGAGCCAGCCGUCAAGCUUGAUGCAACAGUGAAGGCUGAACCCGCCACUGUGAAGGCUGAGCCAAAAGCUGAACCGGCGCAAGCGAAGGCUGCAGCAAAAGCUGGCCCCCCUGAGAGACCUGGAGCUCCUCUCAAGCGCCCUGCAGCAUCAAUGCCUGAGGCAAAAGCUGGUCCGCCUGAGAGACGUGGAGCUCCUCUAAAGCGCCCUGCAGCAUCAAUGCCUGCCGGUGCAGCCAAAGCCAAGGUGAAAGCGGCGCCAAAGCCCAAGGGCAAGCAUGUCAGCCCGUACCAGUGGCCUGCAAACCGCAACGGCUUGGGUUGCCCGAAGUGCAAAGGGAGGUGGGAUGGCUGUGGCCAAUGCCGAAACUUUUUGGCAUCGGGAAAAGCUUACCCAACCAGGCGGGUGAUUCACGAUGACGAUGAUGCUGGAGUGGAUGUGGACUGA